AUGGUGGCGAGGGCAACAGUAGUGUUGGAGGAGAUAGUAGUGGUGUUGGCAGCAAUUAAAAAGUAUAGUGGAGAUUAUUGGUAUCGGCAAUGUGGUGAACGUGUUGAGGUUGGCAGUUGCAGUGGUGGCAGCUACGACAAUAGCAUAGAUGGUAGAGAUGACGACGACAACAAUGAUGGUGGUGAUGGUGGAAUGACGUGCCCUAGCUCCUCUGGCUCCUCCUCCCUCCUCUCCGACGACGAGCGACCGACCGACCCUUGUCCUCUCCGGCGCCGAGCGACGUCCGACGCCAAGCUCCUCUCGUCCUCUCUCCUCUCCGGCGGCAAGCGACCAUCCGCAUCCUCCUCUCUCGUCUCCGGCACCGAGCGACCGGCCACCUACGACAAGCUCAAAAAGCGAAGAGGCUCCGGACCAUCUACGACAAGCUCCGCUCGAAGGUUUCUCUGCCGAUCAAAUCGAACAGGCUCUCUCUGCUCUCAAGGCAAGAAGUGCAGCAAGGCGCCCAAGACUCAAAGGCUUGUAACUCCCCUGACUCUCCAUGAUCUUAUAAGACCAAGAUCUUAUACCUUGCAUGCUUACUUGAUGAUCUGGCUUUCUUCUAUUGUGGCACCGGUAGACCAUGAUUAAUUGAUGAACUUUUCAAAUAAUGGAACAACCAAAUGAUAUUUAGAAAAUAUUGUUUAGCAAUAUGUACCAAUAA